UCAAUAGUGUCUAUAUUAGCUUGACUUAAUUUGAUACAUAAAACAUGAAAGUAAACAACACCACACACUCCUCUUAACAACUUGAUAUUAUAUAUCUAAUCAACAAAUAAAUAUCACUGAUAAUAAAUUUUAACAAAAUCCUCUUGAACACACAUAUUCAUUACAUUACAUAGUAAUGCAUAUGUCCACAGUGAUGAAAGUAAAACGAAUCUUUUUAUUAUUUUUAACAGUAGCAUGCUUGGGUGUUUUAUAUUUAAUAACCACAUCCUCCCUCAUUGAUGAUAAAGACAGAGGCCUCAGAUUAAAAGAAAUUGAUCAACUUGUAAAAUCCAAGGAAAACAGUUUGGGAUGCAUGCAACCACAUCUGCCUGUUUAUCCUCAAGAACUGAUGAAAUUUGUUAAAACUGUGCCUAAGAUUGAUUGUUCUAAAGCAAAAGAAGACUGGGUUAAAUGUGUUGGUCACACGUGUACAAUCCAAGAACAGGCAAACAUUAAAUAUGGGCCUAUAAAAUGUUCCUUUACAGAUAUUAUUAGAGUGGAUGAUUUUAAAUUAACUGAUGGUAAAACUACACACACAGACAAAUCUUACACACUAAAAGCCAGCGAUGUGGUUCGAGUUUCGUGUACUGGAAACACUGAAAAAUGGUCCUCCACAUUGCUGGGAAUUAGGAAGGACCAAGAAGUGUGGGACUCCACAAAUUGGGAUGGUUUACCUGAAAAUGCCUUAAAAAUGAAUGUUCUAAUGUUUGGAUUUGAUUCGAUUUCCAGAAACUCAUUUAUCAGAAAACUACCAAACAGUUAUGCAUAUUUCACUGAUGUGCUUGAUGGAAUUGUGCUGAAAGGCUACAAUAUUAUAGGGGAUGGCACUCCCCAGGCUCUCAUCCCCAUUCUGACUGGGAAAACUGAGCUGGAGCUGCCCGAUACCAGGAAAAGGGUCUUUAAUUCUAAGUUUGUCAAUGCUUACCCUUUUGUAUGGAAUGACUAUAGGGAUGCUGGAUAUGUUACUGGAUUUUUUGAGGAUGUGGCUGAACUGGGAACGUUUACUUAUCGCCUCAACGGGUUCAAAGAAUGUCCAGUGGAUCAUUACAUGCGUACGUAUUACGUGGCAGCACUUGGUGAAAGGAGGAAGUGGCCCAAGCUGUGUGCAGGAGAAAUACCCAGACAUAAAGUGAUGAUGAACGCAGUGAAAGAUUUCUACACAGUCUACAAACCCAAACCGAAGUUCUUGUUUGCGUUUCACGGUGAACUGUCGCACGACGACUAUAAUUUAGUUGGGGUAGCUGACGACGAUCUUAACGAGUUGCUGCAGGACCUGAACGGCUCGGGCGCCUUGAACAACACCAUUUUAAUCCUGAUGGCUGACCACGGACAUCGGUUCGCCGAAAUCAGGAACACGCUGCAGGGUAAACAGGAGGAAAGGCUGCCCUUUUUCGCUUUCAGGUUUCCCAGGUGGUUCAAGGAGAAGCACAAGCGGGCCUACGACAAUUUCAAAGCCAACGUCGACAAGCUGACAACGCCGCUCGACAUCCACGACACGCUUCAAAGUGUGCUUCAUCUGGACGAUGUGGGAGAGGCCAACUUGAGUCACAGAUCCGUCUCCUUGUUCACCAAGAUUCCGGCGGAGAGGAGCUGCGCAGACGCUUACAUCGAGCCCCAUUGGUGCGCCUGUCUACAGUGGGAAAACAUCCCGGUGUCCGACCCGAUUGUGGAAAGGCUGGCGCAUAAAUUCGUUACUACGUUAAACGAGUACACCACCGAACACCAAGAUGUGUGCGACCGGUUGGCUGUCAGUGAAGUUAUGUGGGUUACGAGACUUAAACCCAACGAAAAGUUGUUGAAAUUUAAUAAAAACGCGGAUUUAGAUGGUUUUGUAGGAGAGUUUUCUGCCAAAAUGGAUAUUAAAUAUAACAUGUAUCAGAUCAAAGUUAUGUUGACUCCAGGUAAGUCUAUCUUUGAAGCUAGUUUCACCCAUUUCCUUGCCGAUGAUCGUCUAGAAUUAAAGUUAAGUGAUGUAAGUAGAAUAAAUAUGUAUGGUAGACAAGCUAGAUGUAUUGAAAACGAAUUUCCUAAUCUCAGAAAAUAUUGUUAUUGUAAAGAUGAGUUACCCUAAAUUUAAAAUGAAUUAUUUUAUUAAGACAGAUUAAAUUCAAUUAUAUUUUGUUUAAAAGAGCUUUAGUUCAAUACCAAACAGAUAUUAUGCUUUUAAAACUAUUUUUUAAUAAAUCAUUUAAUUCUGGCCUAAUUUUAUAGUGCCAUAUUAUGUAAUAUUAUAAUUGCUAUAGAUUUUCACUUGAUGUGAGACUGACAUAAAUUGUAUUUAUGUACCUUAUGUACUUUAACUUAUCACCCUUCAAGUAUGUAAUAAAUAAUAUAGGCCUAGCUUUAAAAUAAAUACACUUAUCUGUUCUAUUUUAUAAACAGAGUGUGUACUAUCAUCAUGAGGAAUCAUUGUUUUCAAAUGGAAUUAAUAUAAAAUUGUGAAUGUCAACCUCUAAUAUUAAUUUUUGGUCUUCAAAUUUAGUUUUUCACAUUCCAUAUAUAAUACACAGUUUUUUAAUGUAAUUUUUAUACUUUAUGUAUAUAUUUUGUAAUUAAAUCACUAAUGCAAUAAUUACUUACUCAUCUAAAUUAAAAGAGAAUACCAAAGAAAUAUAUGCACAAAAUAUCUUUUUAGUUAUAAGUACAAUAAUUAUUUUUGUAAGAGGUGAGAAAGUUAUGGUAACUAGUCAAAUGUGUAUUUUUACAUUUAACAGGCAAACAUUAUUUGUUAAUUGUUAAUAUUUUUUCUAAUAAAUAUUUUAAAAUA